AUGGCCGCUCCCGCCACCAGCAACAUUGGCAACCUUCAGGGCCGCUGGCUCAUGAACUCCAAGCUCUCGGAUAGCAUCGAGCCGGGUCUCUCCCUCCAGGGCAUCUCGUUCCUCCUCCGGAAGACGAUUACUUUGGCGUCGGUCACGCUCGAGAUCAAGCAGUUUAUCGCGCCUCCCUUGGAGCCCAACAAGGCCACGGAGCCCGUGUCGCACAUUGACAUUCAGCAGAUCGCCACGGGCGGCCUCAAGGGCACGAGGGAGCAGCGCUGCCUCGACAGCGAGUUCCGCCCCCACUCGGACUGGAUCUUUGGCAACGUGAGCGGCCAGUCCAAGUGGAUCUCGCUGGACGAGGUCGACGACGAGUACCUUACCCAAGGGUGGGCGCUCGACGCCAACGAGGAGGCUGGUCCCGAAGGCAAGAAGCACGUGCUGAGCCACGUCAAGAACUUGGAUAGCGGCUGGACGGCCACCCAGGUUUGGGGAUUCGAGGAAGUGGAGGGAGAGAGGCGAUACGUCAGGCACAUUGUGAUCAAGAAGGACGAUAAGAGGGUGAAUAUGAGGCUCGUCUACGACUACCUUGGUCCUCUUGCCGAGUCCGCCUAA